AUGAGGAUAGUAACACCAGUGGUGAGGAUAAGAACACCAGUGAUGAUGAUAGGAACAAAAGUGAUGAGGAUAAGAAAACCAGUGAUGAGGAUAGGAACCAGUGAUGAGGAUAGGAACACCAGUGGUGAGGAUAAGAACACCAGCGAUGAGGAUAGGAACACCAGUGAUAAUGAUGAGGAAAGGAACACCAGUGAUGAGGAUAGGAACAGCAGCGAUGAGGAUAAGAACACCAGUGAUGAGGAUAAGAACACCAGUGAUGAGGAUAAGAACACCAGUGAUGAGGAUUGGAACACCAGUGAUGAUGAUAAAAACACCACUGAUGGGGAUAGGAACACUAGUAAAGAGGAUAGGAACAACGGUGAUGAGGAAAAGAACACCAGUGAUGAGGAUAAGAACACCAGUGAUGACGAUAAGAACACCAGUGAUGAGAGUAAGUACACCAGUGAUGAGGAUAAGAACACCAGUUAUGAGGAUGGGAACGCCAGUGAUGAGGAUAAGAACACCGGCGAUGAGGAUAAGAACACCAGUGAUGAGGAUAAGAACACCAGUGAUGAGGAUAAGAACACCAGUGAUGAGGAUAAGAACACCAGUGAUGGGGAUAAGAACACCAGUGAUGAGGGUAAGUACGCCAGUGAUGAGUAUAAGAACACCGGUGAUGAGGAUAGGAACAUCGGUGAUGAGGAUAAGAACACCAGUGAUGAGGAUAAGAACACCAGUGAUGAAUGUAAGAACACCAGUGAUGAGUAUAAGAACACCGGUGAUGAGGAUAGGAACAUCGGUAAUGAGGAGAAGAACACCAGUGAUGAGGAUAAGAACACCAGUGAUGUAGAUAGGAACACCAGUGAUGAGGAUAGGAACAUGGGUGAUGAGGAUAAGAACACCAGUGAUGAGGAUAAGAACACCAGUAACACCAUUGAUGAUGGAAAGAACACCACUGAUGAGGAUAAGAACACCGGUUAUGAGGAUAAGAACACCAGAGAUGAGUAUAAGAACACCAGUGAUGAUGGUAAGAACACCGCUGAUGAGGAUAAGAACACCACUGAUGAGGAUAAGAACACCACUGAUGAUGGUAAGAAUACCACUGAUGAGGAUAAGAACACCGGUUAUGAGGAUAAGAACACCAGAGAUGAGUAUAAGAACACCAGUGAUGAUUGUAAGAACACCACUGAUGAGGAUAAGAAUACACUGAUGAGGAUAAGAACACCACUGAUGAGGAUAAGAACACCACUGAUGAUGAUGCUGGUUGUGAAUCUCUAA